UAGAUCACGGUUUCUGUCUGCUACCUGCCACCUGCCAGCGGAAGAUACAACUGUCUCUUGCACGAGCACACAAAGUGGGUGUCGCCUCCGGUCUCUAUGGAAACCAGACAAACUUAACGCGCUGUUUGCAGCAUACUAACACAAAAAUGAAUCUAUCAACCACAUUGAACGCGGAGGAAGGAACAACGGUUGAAUUUGAAGAAAAAGACACGAGUGAAGGUGCUGUGUCUUUCGCUCCAGUUCAUGAAUUUCAGACUGCAGCUGCUGAUGGGACAAGUGAUAACGGUGAUACAAUCAGAGCAUCAGAGAGCAGCACAAUGUCCUCAGUUCCUAGAAUUACCAAAGCGUUUUUAAGGGAGCACUGCAAGAAAAACAAACUGUACCUGACGCCAAGGCUGAAUGACACUCUUUAUCUUCACUUUAAAGGUUUUUCUUGUAUUGAGGGUUUGGAGGAAUAUACUGGCCUGCGCUGCCUAUGGCUUGAAUGUAAUGGCAUUCGGAAGAUUGAGAAUCUGGAGAAUCAGACAGAACUUCGCUGUCUGUUCCUCCAUCAGAACCUCAUUCAUACUCUGGAAAACCUGGAACCACUCAGCAAGCUUUGCACACUCAAUGUCUCCAACAAUUAUAUCAAGGUCAUUGAGAACAUAUCCUGCUUGAGUGAGCUGUCCACACUGCAGAUCUCCCAUAACACACUAGAGAAUGUGUGUGACAUGGAGGAGCUGUCACACUGUCCAUCCAUCAGUGUUCUUGAUCUGUCUCACAACCGCAUCAGAGAUCCAGCCCUCAUUAAUGUUCUAGAGAGAAUGCCUGACUUGCGGGUGUUAAAUCUAAUGGGUAAUGAGGUCAUCAAAAAAAUCCCAAACUACAGGAAGACUCUGAUUGUGCGUCUAAAGCAGUUGACCUAUCUAGAUGACCGGCCUGUGUUUCCAAAAGACAGAGCAUGUGCAGAGGCAUGGGCAGCUGGUGGUCUGGAAGGUGAACGAAAAGAAAGGGAAAUGUGGCAAACGAGAGAAAGAAGGAAGAUCCAGGAAAGUUUGGAUGCAAUGGCUGCUAUCAAAGAGAACGCACUGAAACGGCGGGAGGCUCGAGAGCUUUUGGAAAAUGGAAUCGUAGAGCCUCCAACAUCUGUUACUGAGAAUCAGAGCACUCAAAACGAGACACCAGAAAUUGCACCUGCAGAGAGUGAAACAUCAGAAACAGCACAGGAACAAACUGAUCCAUUAGCAUCAGAGACACACCACAUUUGCCAGUCUGCAUCUGAUGAGGAACAAAUUAUCCAAACAACACUUGAUCAAAAUCAUUCCAACCAGUCAAAACCAGAGAGACAGCAAACAGGUUUAGAACAGAUUCUCCAUCCAUCAUUUGACCAGGAACAGACUGGUCAAUCAGCAACAAUGGGAUUGAAGACUAAAGAGGAGAAGUGCGAGAAAAUGCUAGCGCAAAACCAAGGCACAAAACAUUCACAGUCACAUAACAGUGGUUCAGUUGCAGGUCCUGGUGCUCUCGUAACUGAACUGAUCUCUGAGGAUGAAAUAGAGACUAUCAUCCUGUCAGAGAGACCAGCAUUAACAAUUGACGAUCUUCCAGACCUUGAAGAUGAAGAAAAUAGCCUGAUACUCCCAGCAACAUCACAGAGUGUCGUCCAUCCGAAGAUUCAGGUCAUCUCUGGCGAUGAAACAGAAUCAGAAGCUGUUACAAGCUUGUAUCACUGGCCUCAGUCAGACGCUGUGGCCCCUGACCAAUCGCAGCUCCUUAUUAGUGUCUCCACUAAGAGAACCUCAGUCAAGCAGCAGAGCCCUGCCUGUAUCAGUCAACCAGAGGCAGGAGAUGACUUCCCCAAGACAGCAGGAACUAGAAAGACUGUUCUGAUUGAGGAACUGGACUGAGUCUUUAUGGUUUAACUAAUGCAUGAAACUAUAUGGUAGUGUUUCCCAAACCUUGGAUGUGAAUUUAAAUUGGCUGUCUACCUGAUAUAUAAAAGGUGUUUAACAUUAAAUGACAAA